CCACCAGUUGUACACACACGUAAAGGGUGGUGGUAGUAGUAGGCAGCGUUUGGCCCAUCCCCAAAUUAUUCCGUGAAAGGAAACGAGGAUGACGAAAGCGCGUAAAUCGGCAGCUGGAAGCAGGAGUGUGCACUGAUUGCGCUGUUUGAACGGUGAACCAGCACGGCAUCCGGAGACUCCACAUCCAAGGAACCGUGCGCUUUAUUUUGGACCUGAGAAAUAUGCUGCUUUCUGUUUCUCUAUUCACGUCUCCUCCUUGGAUUUUCUGGAGAUGUUGCGCAUGUUCUUCCGUUUUUGCAGCCUUGUAAACUUUGCAGGCUGAUGGGUAAUAUUUUUCUACCAGAAAGUGCCGAAAGAGCAGAGAAGUUCAUUCACUGAAAAUGUCCACGACGCAGCUCAGUUCCCCGGCGCCCAACCAGAGCUACCCUUCCACAGCCACCUACGAGAAGACAGACCCGGCGGGGAUGGAGAGGCAAAUUCGCCUCCUUCUUUUCGGCUUAUGCGUAACUCUCGCCUCUGCUACCUUUGUCGGAGGUGUGUUUUCGUUGCUUUCUCUCCUCCGGAUGAGGAGGAAAACCUCACUGUGUCUCAUAGUGGCGUCCAUGUCCGUGGACGACCUGCUCAGUGUGGUCCCCCUCUGCUUGUUCACGCUCCUUCAGUGGGAGACAGAUGGAGGUGGAGGGUCGGGCAGCCUGUGCACUUUAUCGGGACUUCUGUAUGUGUUCCAGGGUGUUUCAAGCAAUAUGAAGGCUUGCCUUAUUGCAGCCUACACUUUUUAUGUCACAAAGAGAUUUGGAGUGCUUCAAUCUGUCCGCCGGCCCCUGAGAGUGAUGUGGGCCAUCGGCGGUGUGUGGGCGGUCAGCCUGGCCGUCAGUGUGUUACCUUUGUGCGGAUGGGGCAGCUUUACGCCGGCGUCUCUUGGGUGUUUCCCUGAGAGCGACAGUUUUUACAUACUGCUGCUUUUCUCUAUUUAUGCCCUGUGUUUCUGCGGCUUGUUGUUUUUCUUUAUCCCGCUCACCUACCAGCUGCUGUGCUCCAGAGAGCCCCAGAGGACUCUACUGUACCCCGGUUAUCUGGAGAUGACGAGGGGGCUGAGUGGCUCCGCUCCCCUCUGUGAUCUCCAGUCAUUCUCCCGGGACAGCUUGAACAAAAGUUUCGGCGCGUACAACGAGCUGAGCCCGAGUUCAUGUGGGACACAGUUGAGAGAGAAAGAGGACAGCGGAAUGUCUCCUGUGUCUCAAAACGGACAGAGCACUGCUGCUGUCGAGGACACACCUGUGGUGUUUGCUCAAAAGCGAUUCUCCAUGAUCCUGGCUGUGGUCCGAAUCAUCUUAUGGAUGCCAAUCAUGACUCUGGUGCUGGUCCGCCACGCACUGAAUACACGCAGCCCGUCCCUGGAGACUCUCAGCUUCUUUCUCACUCUGCUCGCCCCUGCCGUCACUCCGCUGUUUGUGCUAUCUGAGCGAUGGAUCCACAUGCCCUGUGGCUGCUUCAUUAACUGCAAACGGGAUCCAAAGCAGGCGCACUCAGAGAUGAAAAGAAAAUUUGAGUUCAGCCUUUCCUUCCAACAAGGCUAUGGGGUGUACAAACUGUCACAUGCUGCCAUGUCUCACAACAGUCCCACCCUUGACAAGCCUGCCUAUCACAACCUCUUCAACUGUGGCUUCCCCAAUACCCGCCUUGAUGCACUCGAAAGUGGCGGCUUUUCAAGCCUCGGACCCAAUUUUGAUUUCAGCACCCCCUGCCCUGUGGACAGCUCCUCUCAUGCAGACCUGCUGUUAGAAGCCGUAGCUGGUGGAGGAGAGGCGUUGGCUGAUUGUCUUACACUCCCUCAUGAAACCCUUGGAGAUGAUGAUGAGGGCUUCCGUUGUAUCCCUUUGCUGCCCUCUCAUCAGGAUCACAACCUUACUGACACGUCGUCUGUGUUCGAGGGGGCAGAGAGGAGGCUCUCGCACGAGGAAUGUCGGAAAAUCGAGCUGACAGACUGGGAGUGGUGCAGGAGUAAAUCAGAGAGGACGCCCAGACAGCGGUCAUCAGGUGGUUUGUCAAUCCCCCUGUGCGCCUUUCAGGGCACUGUUUCCCUGCAAGCACCCACAGGAAAGACCCUCUCUCUCUCCACCUACGAGGUCAGCAGCGAUGGACUGAAAAUCUCCCCAAACAAUGCAAGGAAGGUGGAAGUGUAUCGCUCCAAAUCAGUCGGCCACGAGCCCAGUGCAGAUGACCCAGCAUCAGGAGGCCAUGCUGGAGAUAUAAGUAUCAACAUGGGAAUGGGGAUGGGGAUGGAGAUCGGAAUGGGGAUAGGAGCUGGAGUUGGGGACACCAACGUCAAGAUCCACCUUGAGGUACUGGAAAUCUGUGACAACGAGGAGGCCAUGGACAGCGUCUCCAUCAUCUCAAACAUCAGCCAGUCCUCCACCCAUGCACGCUCACCAUCGCUGCGUUACUCUCGAAGGGAGAACCGCUUUGUCUCCUGUGAUCUGGGUGAGACAGCUUCCUACUCUCUGCUCAUCCCCGGCAGCGGCAACCCAGAGACAGAGACCAUCAAUAUCACUAUACCCGACACUGUAGAGGCUCACCGGCAGAACAGCCGACGGCAGACGCAGGAAGGUUCAGGAUAUCAGGAGGAGAUACAGCUGCUCAAUGAGGCCUACAGGAAGCAAGCUGGGGAGAGGGAAGAGUGACACAGGAUACGGUUCUUGGGGUGCUUUAAAUGCAUAAAAGUGUUAAAGACAAAUUUCCUAAUCAUUCCACAUUAUCUUCCUUCUGAUCACUACUCUAACAGAGCUGACAGGUGACCCAAAUAGAGACUCAGCUUCAGACUGUUAACACAGUCUUACACUUCCUCUUUGGAUAUUAUCAUGAGAGCACAUGCAUCAUUUGUCUGUAUAUUACAAAGAAAAAGAUCUGAGUGUUGAAAAACAUGAGUAAACAAGAGAGACAAAGCCAAAGACUGGAAACGGAGGAGAGAGAAACAGUAUUCUAGCAGAGCAUCUGUAUUCCCUUCAAGACUUUCACCAUAUGGCAACCUGUCAUCAUAAGACAGAUACUGAAAGAGAGAAACUCACUUAGGCGUGGAAAAGGAGGGGCCAAGGUCUGGCCACAUGUCUACUGUGGACUACGUCACCAGUGACUCAGCUGUGAGGGGAGGGGUCACCUGACCCAUGUCUGACUCAUCCAAGUGUGUGUUUUUGUGCAUUUUUGUGUGUGAGUAGAAACCGUGCACAAAAGGGUGAGGGUUCAAGUAUUAUAAUGAUUGUUUUUCAUUGCAGCUACCAAAAAUAAUUAUAUUGAGAUUAUUCUGCGUACAGUCCUUUUAAAUGUUGUAUUUUUUUUAAUCCAUCUACUACAUGUGCAUGUCUUAUGAUUGAUUUUGCUCCUAUCAACUGACAGAGACUUUAUGCUGAAAAUCUAGAGGGAUAAUUCACUUGAUAGAAAAAGAUGCUGCAGGGAUGCUUAUGCAGAGCAUUUUUUUUCUGCCUCAUGCACAUUCAGUGCAAGUUAAAUGAGUGACAGUGUGCAUAUUUUACAAUAGUAUAGGCAGCAUAUGAAUGUAGAUUUCAGAGCUGAUUUGAGGUGUCAUGGUACUGCCUGCUCAGUUCACUGCCCAUCCAAUCAGUGAGCCACCAGUGGCCUCUCACUUUCUAUCAAAUACAUGCAUAAAUUGAGGACAGGAAUCUAAUUUUCAUAGACAGUAUUUUGUAUUCCAGCACUGGUUUUGAACAGGGAAUAUGAACUGAGAAUAACAAGUUAAAUAUUUUUUCUUUUUCACAUGAUAGAUCCAUUCCUUGUAUGCACAUUUACCUGUGUUAAAGCGUUGCAGUAAUUCAGUAAAAUAGCUAUUUCAAAGUAACUUAAAGGUAUGUAUUUAUUUCGAUUUGUUUUAUGAUGGUGUCUUUUAUAUGUCAUUUGUUUUAAUGUGUGAUCUUCAACAAAAAAAAAACAUCCGCACUUUGUGGACGUCAUUUGCAGGCUUUUGAUUUGUACCUUAGCGAGCCCUCUUCAUCAGCCGCGACAUGCUCCAUCCCCCUGAAAGAAUGUUGUCAUUAAAGAUUCAUCGCAGGAAAUUGCCUCCAACAGAAUUGCAAUGCAUUGCUUUUUCCAAGCGCUCCUGGGAAAAUGUAAAAGAAAAAAACAACGUCCAAUGAAUCACAAUGAUUGUAACGCUGUAUUCAAUGUCAGCCAUUUCAGCUGUUAAUGGUGCCAAAGGUUUUUAGCUGAGCUUCAUCUCUGCCAGCAAACAGAGUGGAAGUAAUUUGAUCUUCUGCUUGUUCUCGCUUUUAAACAGAAGCUUCUGGUCAAGCCUUCUCAUAAACCGUUGUGAUCAAUAAACUGCUAUUUGCUUUCUUUGAGUGACA